AGUCUUGCCUGUUUGCUCGUACUUCGCACGCACGAUUAUCUCCAUCAUUUCAUCCCUCUUCGUCGCUCGCUUGACCACAGAAGAGACAACUGAGAGGCAGUGACGUGUGAGAGCUCGCAGAGUGAAUGCACAAUGGCAGAAUCGACGUCGGAAUCUCGUCGGACGAGCGAGCUUGCGUCGACGCACGACGCGUUGUCUGAUGCGAGCGGAAAGAUCAGUUAUCGAUUUCCGUCGAUGCAUCAGCAAGGCGUGAUGCUUCGAAGAGUAGACUCACCAUCAUUAGCUGCAGGGAUUGGUCUCCACUCUCGUCCGACUAGUGAUCACAUGAACAUCAACGGAAAGUCUCCGCCUCCGAUGUCAUACGUGCAGCUGACAAAUCAGCGAGCACAAAUAGUGUAUGACAUGACUUGUGAAGACGAGGAGAGAGAAAAGUUUGAGGUCAAGUUGAAGGAGUUGAGACAACAAUUGGAUAUGUUACUACAGACUGAACAGAAUGACUUAUCAUUGGAUAUCAAGCUACAAAUGUCAGACAUUUAUCUGACAAUGCAGACACAGUUGGGCUCGUCUGAAGAAUGUCGUCAAAGGAAAGAGUUUAGAGAAAAUCAACUGCGUUACAUUGACCAGAUGCUCUCUGAGGGAAACUUGCAAGGUGAUCAUGAUGGAGGAACUGAUGAGGUAAAAGACUACACUACUGAUGGCAGCCGAGAAAGGCCUGUCAAGGUACAUCGUAGUAACACGUUUGCGGAGAGCAGUGGAAGAAGAAUGUAUCCAACGAAUUCAUCUGGUGUUCCUGGCAAGAUUCUAUGGCGUCGUCCAUCUCCUAAUCAGAAUGGUAUUCACAUUCGUCAGAGAAGCAAUCCAGAACAAGGACGGCUAGCUCACGAGUUGAUGAUGAGAUCUCGUGUGGAUCCUGCUUCAUCAGUAGGCGAUCUACCUGCAAACUUUCCUGCAUUGGGUGCCAGGAGAAGCUCACGAUCACCACGUCAGAGUAAUGAACACCUUGACACAUCAGCAACCAGCAUCAAUUCAUUCAAUCUUCAAGGACGUGCCAGCACCAAUGCAUCUCUCCAGUCUCUUGACAUGUCGUAUCCACAUCAUUCUAUAUCAGCCGACGACUCAUAUUUGUCCUCAUCAGCUCAUCGUGAGCUUUCUCGCUUUGAUGACAGCAGUCAUCCUUCAAUGGUUGUUUCAUCUAUUGGAAGUUUGUCUAGUCAUCAUAGCCGUUCAUCAUCAGCUGAUUAUAAUGAUUUGAGGGGCGAGUUGAGAGGAACACAGUUUGGAGAUCAGAGGAUGGGAGCAGUUUCCAAGCCUCAUCAUUCUCUUUCAACUCGUCUCACGUCUCUUGCUGCCGACGGUUCUCUUGCUUCUAAAGUUGACAUGAUCCAGUCUCUUCUGACGAUGCUGAGACCUUCAGACCAAGACGAGAUGUCGCGCACUCUCCUCGCAAUGGCAAACAGCAAGGAAAGCUGCGUGGCAAUGAGGCAGUCGGGUUGCAUUCCACUGUUGCUGCAGAUACUGCAUCCGAGAGGGGAGGACGGAGUGACUGUUAGAUCGAGCAGGGAGGCGAAGAUGAGAGCUACGGCGACGCUACACAACAUCAUUCAUCUGCAAGGACACUCUCAUGAAUCAGUUCGAGAGAUGAAUGUUCUUCGCCUCCUCGAACAAGUCCGUACCCUCACCGAUGUUCGUCGUUUACAAGUCGAAAAGGCCACCAACCGACGCGACAUCCCUCUCACAUCAGCCAACAUGAAGCUGAUGGCAGAACAACAACGUCCCGGUCACGGCAUCGAAUCACUCAUGCAGCUCUCCUACAAACAAGAAUAUCGUCCGGCCAUUCUGUUACUCGGUGGGGUCUACGCGGUCGGCGAGCUUCUAGAGGCCGAUCACAAAGCGAUAGCUACGUCUGUGAUGUCACGUGACGAUUCGGAUAUCAACAGGCUACAUCCGGGUACCGACCUGCGUAGACACUGCUGUGUGAUUUUGACGAACUUGACAUUCGGCGGAGCGGCUGUGAAGAUCGAGUUGUGCCGUAUGAUCAACUGUCUCCACAUCAUCGUGCUCCAACUCGAGUCGCAUUCGGAGGAGCUCGUGAAAGCGGCGGGAAACAUCCUGAGAAAUCUGUCGUGGAACGCGGAAGAGUUCGCCAAGAAAUCUCUUCAUUCGUGUAACACGGUGGGUGGGAUCAUCCGUGCGUGUAGACGUGCACGAGAGGAGACGACGUUGCGGGCAUUGACGAGCGCGUUGUGGAAUCUUUCGGCGUUCAAGGAAAACAAGGCGGAUAUCUGCGCGGAAUCAGGAGGUCUGAAGCUUAUUCUUCAUCUUCUAAAGCAUUGGACGAGCGCGAAAUACGCAGAAGAUAUCGUACAGAAUGCGGCCGGGAUCCUACUAAAUAUCUCAAGUUAUGUCUCGUCGCGAGAAGCAUACAGACAGAGACUGAGAGAGAGCGGUCUGUAUCAGGUUCUCGUCGAGUUGCUCAAGUCGGGCAGUCCGGAGAUGCUCGAGAAGGUGUGCGGCAUCUUGUGGAAUCUCUCCUCACGUAGCGCCGCCGACCAAUCGAAGCUUUGGGAUCUAGGAGCGGUUCCCGCUCUGCACAGGCUCACGAAGUCCGUCCAAGAUCCGAAAAUUCAAAAGGCAGCUGCGCAAGCGUUGAAGAAUCUCAUGCAAGCAAAAGGUGGUGCACCUCAUGGCGGAUUAGGUGUCGUCGUCGAGGCAACCGGGAGUCGUCAGUGGAGACCGAAACGAGAACCGGGAGUCGGAAUGGAUGCAUCCCUAUUACAGGGUAAUCAACUAGCCGUGCCGUCUGCGUCUGGUCAUACAAGCGGGUUGGACGGUUCACUCUUGAAUGCCUCGUCACUUCAACGGUCGAGUAACCCCCCACCCAAACCGAGGAGAAUGCUAGCGAAUCAAAGUUUCGAUGCGAACGACAUUAGGAGUCAUGCUGUUCAUGUACUCGGCUCACACACGCCUCCGUUGUCACGAGAUUCCCAGCCGAACUCCCGAUCUCAUUCUCGUUCUCAAUCGAAGGAGCGGCAACCGCCGAGUUCUCAACUGCCAGUCGAAACCCACGGGAGUGGGUUGUCGUCCGAGUCUGAUCGGUUGUCAUCGGCGUCGUCAAGCAGCGCAGGAAGCUUCGGUCGUGAACGACGACGACAAGCGAGAGGUCGAGACGCGACCAACAGUCCGACCCUCGAGACUCAACUGUAAACUGUAACGCAUACGAUUGGAUUUGAUACCCGGAAACGACUUGAUUGGAUUGGAUACGCAAUGUGUUGUACACACGAAGACACACGAAUGUGUGUAGGACGUCACAUUGUCUUAUAGAUAUCGUACGGUUAGUAGUAAUUUUGGCUUCGUAUGAUGGGCUUGCUGGCAAUCCUGAAUUGCACCAACGAUGCUACACUCUACUCCACUCCACUACACUAGACUUCACUAUACUGCACUACACUACACGAGAUGCUAUUGUUCGCUACUUCGAACGUCUAUUUCUUUCACGAUUUGUAUAAGCGAUCCGAUGUAUGUAUAUGGAUGGGACUCGAUGUAUUUGUUAUAGAAUCAAUUGGAGAUAGUUAUCGAUAGAUGUUUGCAUUGGGUUGGUAUAUGCAAGUAUUAAGUCUAUUGGUUAUUGAUUGUAUGUGUAGGAUACAAGAAGAUAUAUGUGGGU